GUUUUACGCUUCCAAAUUAUUGUUCUGUUGUUAUUAUUUAUGUUACAGUUAACACUGGCUUGUAUGCUUCAACAUCUCACUCCUUGGAUAGAGAAACAACUCUUUAUUGCUAAUAUAAUGCAUCUCUAUGAACACUAAAUACGAAAAGGUGCAUUUGAGAAGCAGAACAGCAGGAACUGUGCAAAAACCACCACUAAGCAAACGCACUGUUCUGAUAUAGUUUCUUGAAAAUAUUUGACGAGAGCCUGAAUUAGAAACACGAAUCAGUAAUAUGCAGAGUAUCUGUUUUAUAUAUUUCUAAGUGUAUUCUUCCCUCAUUUUUUGUCAUUAUUCGGGGCUGUGAAAGCGCACAUGUCGCUGCUGUUUCAUCAUGAAGUCUAAAGAGAAUAGGGCAUCGGCUUUUGUUUCCAGGAAGUGGGUCGCGUUAUUUAUAUUUCAGCACUUGAGAGAGGCGCGCGCUGGUAACACGAAACUCCUUAUAUCAUUCUGUUCUUUAUGAGAUUUGCCGGGAUUGAGGAACUUGGCCUGAAGUGAUGUUUGCCACUGAGGUUGUAUGUAAUCCACGAUAAAUCAGCGGAAAGACAUUGACAGAACUCGCUCGCGCCAGGACACGGCUGCACGCCAGGUGGCGUUGUAAUGAAGAUCCAUGAAAAGAUUCUAACCCACUACCUGUCCUGCACUUCACCUGUCGAUAAAGAGGGAUACCUCUACAAAAAGAGAGAGAGGAACACCACUUACCUGCGCCGCUGGUUUGUGCUGAAGGGGAAUCUGCUGUUUUAUCAGGAGCGUCCAGGCGAUCGUAACCUGUUGGGUGUGAUUGUUCUGGAGGGCUGCCUGGUGCAGGCGUGUGAGACAGAUGGUCAGUUCUGUUUCUCUCUGGUGUUCACUGGACCAGGCCUCCGCACGUAUAGACUAGCCGCUGAUGACCAUCUCAGCCAGGAGAGCUGGAUCAGUGCGCUGUUCUGCGCUAGUCACAUCUACCUUUCCAUGAUUGUCAGAGACCUGGAGAGACGCUACGAAGCUCUUAACAAAACAGAAGCUAGAAGAGACAAAGGCCUUUGUGAAUCCAUCCAGACCUCUGCAGUGACUUCUACACCCAAUAAGAUCAUGGCUUCCUGGAACACAGGACAACCCUAUUUCCUACAUGGGACUUCCAUAGAGCCCAGAGAGGGGCGGAGCUACAGCACCAGUUCUGUACCACCUCCGUCUAUGCCGAACAGACCCAUCAGCUACAGUCUUUAUGCCCCUCCUAUUCAAUUCAAGACUACCAAUAAGCGAUCUCCAAAGCUCUGGCCCAAGAGAAAUGCCCAUGUCACACCCUUAAAUGGUCCGGCACCAUCUUAUGGGGAGUGGCCCGUUGUGAACUUUGAUCAUUUGGAAGAGUUUAGUAAACUGCAUGAGUACUAUGGAAAUGAGAUUAAGCAACUAAGAGCUGACUGGCUGAAGAAGAAGCGUGAGGAAGUGGGAUACGUUGAGGAAGACCUCAUUGACCUUGGCUAGAGUAGUAUCUGAACCUAUCACAUAUAUGCAUUUGUUCAUGUUGUUGUCUUAAUAGUAAAUCUUGUUCUUAAACAGUAGACUGAUGAAUGUAUUAAGGAUGCAGUAAAUGUAAUACUGCAGUAGUAGAAUCCUGCUGUCUUUGUAAUUUUAUGAAGGUAUGCAGAUUAGCAUUGACACCAAUCUUGUGCAUUUCUCAUUUCCUCUCUGUGGUCUCUCAGCCUAGUUCCUUCUCGGUUAAGUUGUCAUAAAACAGACCCAAACCAGCAGUAGCUUUACCCCCAUCAUUUAACCUAACUAUGUGCAGACAUUUACAAUAGCAAAAUUUCUUAUUGGAUCAAAAGUAUUUCAUAUACGUUCAAUUGAAGUUUAAUUAGAGAUUACAUAUUAGUUGUAGAGCUGUGAAUGCUCGAUAAUAAUUAAUAUUUAAUUUAUUGUUUUUAUUGUUAGAUCUUUUCAAAUAUGUACUGAGGGAGCCUAAUCACAAAUGUGAUCUCGUGAAGAGGGCAACACAAGUGACUGUUUAGUUCUGCCUUACAGAACUUAAUUCACACAGUUCAGGAGGCUUCAUAAACAAACUUAAAUACACUCCCUUUCAAUUCUUCCUCUUUCACAACAUCUCAAUUCUUUGAGAAUGUAGAUGUGCCUUUUUUCUUUUAGUUUCUAGUUCACUCAACACAUUUGGAACAUUUAAGACAUUAUUUAAAAAGCAACAGUUUUAUAUUGCAGACAUAUCAGUAAACAUAAAAAUAAACUGUAAAGUUUGUAUGCAUUUAGCGUUUCAGAAAUGCAGCUCUAUACUGUAGGUCAGCAGAGGGCACUGCAUUUCACCCAACAGUAUUACUACCUUUAUUCAGCCAUGCUUCAUUCACAGGAUCACUAGUUGCUUUAAAACUAAUAUUUUAUUACAUAAUGUCAUAUGAGUAAUUAUAUAUGGAUGAUAUCAGUAAUGGUGAAUGUGUUUUAUUGUAUACAUUUUUUAUAUAUUCUCAGCUUCUAUAACCAUUCUAUAACUAGGUCUUAAUAUAAUAGAUAUAUUGCAUUUAAUAUAUAUCAGUUUUGUGUUCAUACAUUUGAUUUGAUGCAUUCUGAUGAUAAUUUGUUAAGAAAUAAAUUUUGAUUAUUUUAUCUAGUAUUUAUCCUCUAAUGUACAUUAUAAUCAACUCUGUAAAAAAAUAGGUUUAAUUUAAUAUGUUAAAAUUUAAUAAGUUACAUUUUGAGUGUAUUUCAGCAGUGCGUAUUGCACAGCAUCAGUAAGAACUGUUUUUGUUGUUUGAUGUUAGUAUACAAUUUAUUUUACUUUACUCAACUUUUAUUGUGAACUUUUGUUUUAUUGUAUCAAUCAAAUUAGAAUAAAAGUCCUAAUAAAUGUUAAGAUCUUAA